AUGCCCCACCUCUCUCGUAAACAUGCUCCCCCCACCCCUCCUGCUGGAUUCGUCACCCAGAGUGCCAGUAGCGCCGCCGACUCGCCACCACCUUCCCCCGUCUCUCUCGCUGCCCCAGUGGCCUCUCCAUCGGUCGUCUCCGUGAGCUGGACCGGCGACCCCCGCCGCAAGCACCCUCGUGCUGAGGAUGAGGACGGCCUUUUUGAGGCCGACCUCACCCACCACUACAGGCGCGCCGGCCGCGGUGCUAUGCACCGAAAGCUCAUGACCGUCGGCAAGCGCCGCAUGCUCUUAAACAAAGCAGCAUCCGCCCUGGCGGCCCUGCGCAGUGGCAUUGGAAACUUUGACGGAGCCUCCAGACUUGCACUUGCGGACGAUAUGGAGUCGAUGGAGAUUGAGAUCGAGCUCAGCCACAAGGCGGCUGACCACGAUGUCAAGAAGUUGCUCAAGCCGAAGGAAGUUCCCUUUGCUCACCCCGUUCACUGUUGA